GACGGGACAAGUGCGGCUCGACUUAGCCCAGCCCGGCCCAGGGGAGGCGGGUCGUCAGAGGGAGCACAAUAAAGAAAUUAUGUUUGCUGUCAGCCACUCAUCCAGGACUUCACCCAUGGUUAAUGAAGAAGCAACAUUUUCUGCUAGGGUCCUGAUUAGAUGCUGAAAAGCAGAUUUAGAAAAAAAAGGCGCGCUUGAGGUGAGGAUGCGACAUUCACGGGUGUAGUGCUGCUGCUAACAGCCUUGAACGGCAUGAAAAAUAUGGCUGAGAGAUUUCUGAUUGCUAUGGUGAUCUUCAUAUUAGCCACUCUCCUGAUUAUCUAUAACUCCAGCAGUGGCAAUGACUCCAUAGGUUAUCGAGGACAAUUUGUCUACAGUGUUCUGAGCCAAGCACCAUCAAAUUUAACAAAAUGGGUUACAAAAGAUGGUUAUAUUCCAGUGACGGGAAACAAGACGAUGAAGCUCCGCUGCGGACUGUGCGCGCUUAUCACGAGUUCCAGCCACUUGCUGGGCAGCGAGAUUGGGUCGGAAAUCGACGAGACCGAGUGCACAAUCCGCAUGAACAAUGCGCCUACCAUGGGAUACGAGAGGGACAUCGGGAAUAAAACCACCCUGCGGGUUAUCGCCCACUCCAGUGUUUACAAGGUGAUGAAGAAACCCCAGGAGUUCCUUAACAGAAGCCAGGACACGGUCUUCGUCUUCUGGGGACCUCCUAAGAAGAUGCAGAACAGAAGAGGCGGCACUUUCCGACUGAUUCACCGAGUGGGCUCUGCUUUUCCAAACCUCUCCUCCUACAUUGUGUCUCCGAAGAGAAUGCAGCAGUUUGAUGAUUUGUUCCACAGGGAGACUGGGCAAGACAGAAAGAAAUCGCACACCUGGCUGAGUACAGGCUGGUUCACCAUGGUGAUAGCCAUCGAGCUCUGCAACAGUGUCCACGUGUAUGGAAUGGUCCCCCCCACUCACUGCAGUAAGCCCCAGGACAAGCGAAUGCCCUAUCAUUACUAUGAGCCGAAAGGUCCCGACGAGUGCAGUACCUUCCUUGGGAAUGAGAAGGUGAAGAAGGGCAGCCACCACCGCUUCAUCACCGAGAAGGAUGUGUUUGCUCAUUGGGCGAAGCUGUACAACAUCGUCUUCUCCCACCCCAGCUGGUGACCUGCCGCACCUCCUGAGGCCUCGUCACUCCUGCCUUUCCUGGACUCUGUACGUAGCAUGGAAGCAUGGCCACUCUGGGAUCACUGCCAGGGCAGCCCACACAACCCAUGCUUGCUGUGCAUGGAGCCUCACUGGGAAUUGGUGCACAGGCAUUGAGCAUGUGAGGAUGUCAAGGUUGCAGCUGAAACUGAGGUGGUGAUGUUUGACCUGAUGAUGCCGUCUAAUCUGCUUGUCUAGAACGGAUUGGCAGCAUCAGUCCCUUCCUGGUCUAUGGCCUACUUUGCACGCAGUAACAUGGACUCUUACAUUAUUCACGCAAACACCUCUGAUGACUUGGUACCACCCGAUAAUAAGUCUCCAGAAUGAAGAAUGGAUUUUCGUUCAGUCGAGAUUUAUGUGAUGCUUCAUUAACGUCUGACUCUUCAUCUCCACCAACUAUUCCCAACUAAUCAAUCUUCAGUGUUGCAGAUUCCUUGUGGAAGAAACCUGUGCAAGAGGCUCUGUGUUGCUUUGUAACAAUAUUAAAAUGUUCAUGUUGGGUUAUGGAGAAUUGGGAGCUGCAGCUUCCUCUGGAUGCCAGGACUUAUACUGACCGAUGAGACCCACUCCAAUGGUUUAGUGAAAAGACAAGCACUACAACUAUAUCGGGUGAUGCAAGGAACUGCAGAUGCUGGAAUCUUCAGCAAAACACAGGAUGCUGGAGAAACUCAGCGCGUCGGGCAGCAUCUUGGGAGGCAAUUGACAGAUGAUGUUUCAGUUUGGGACCCUUCUUCAGACUCUCGACAUUGUCUGCCUAUUCUCUCUGCAGAUGCUGCCUCACCUGCUGAAUUCCUCCAGAACUUUGUGUUUUGCUACAAGUGUAUCUGCCUGCUUUAUUCUCCAGUUGGAUUUUCACUGACAUUCAAAGGGGGAAGUAUGUCCUUUGUAUAGAUUGGUGGGAAAAUGCAUUCGACAAUGGACAAUUGGUGCAGGAGUAGGCCAAUCGGUCCUUCGAGCCAGCACUGCCAUUCACUGUGACAUUGGCUGAUCAUCCACUAUCAGUACCCCGUUCCUGCCUUCCUCCAACACUAGGUUGUAUUGGUAGUAAUACUUUAUCUGGUUAAAAAUAAUUAUGUUGUUUUUUGAAUAUAGCAAAAGGUCAUUGAUUAGUCAAAACAAACACACAAUGGAAAUAAUGGAGAGUAGAAUGGACACAAUGAUUGGAUUCCAUGCAUUAGUUGCACGAAUAUUGUAACAUCAGCUUGUGUGGAUGCCGACUGCCAGAUGAGUUAAGAACCAUAUUUCCAAGAUUGUUUCUGAAGGAAUGCAGUUGCUCGAUUUGGAAAGUCAUGCUUGUAAUCCUCCCAGACACUGUUUGUAACAACUUUGAUAUUUAAUUGUUUUCUACACGGGCUGAGCAUUUAUUAAGAUGGGAGAGAAUUUUAAAUCCACAAGCAGCUUUCAAUAUUUCGAAUGUGUAGGAAGGAACUGCAGAUGCUGGUUUAAACCGAAGAUAGACACAAAAAGCUGGAGUAACUCAGUGGGUCAGGCAGCAUCUCUGGAGAGAGGGAAUGGGUGACGUUUUGGGUCGAGACCCUUCUCCAGACGAGAAGUUGUAGGACAUGGGCGAGUGAGUCAGUAACUGAGAGGAGCGGUGCGGGAGGUUGAAAAUGGAGUCUGGGAGACGCGGCACCUCGUGAGGUACAAAAGGAAAGCACACGCUGGCAGAGGCCACUCUGGAGCCCCUGGUGUUGGGAGUGGCUGUGUCUGUGGUGAGGUUCUGUGGCUGAGGGUCAGUGCUGAGGCUUUGGCUCGAGGGGCUUCAGUGGAGGAAUAAGGUGAGAUAAUUUUAUUUCACCUGUUGCUCUUUGAUCUUGGUGCAUUUGGGAUGGUAGUUGGGGCCACUGGUAUGCCCCACCUGCAGGAUGUGGAGGUCAGAAAAACUACCAGUGUCUCUGGGACCACACACCUGUGGAAGUGCGCCCAGCUGCAGCUCCUCCUGGCUGAUGGUGUGAGGUAACUGGAGCUGCUGCUGGACGACCUUGGGAUUGUCCGGGAGGCUGAGAGCUUGAUAGAGAGGAAUUACGGUGGAAUGGUCAUGCUAAACGUGCAUGCAGAAAGUAGAUGUGUGAUCACCAGGAAAGGUGGUCUGUGGCCAUUCCCCUCAAAAGCAAGUAAACUCUUUCAGAUUAAGUUGGGGGGGGAAUGACCAUAUUGGGGAGAGCAACAACUACAGUCACGUCUAUGUUACCAAGUUGGGGUCGAAGGCACAGUGGGGAUGGGUGAAGUCGGGUGGGGCAAUGGUGAUAUGAGACACGUUAGUUAGAGGGACAGACAGGAGAUUGUGUGGCUGUAAUGGCACUCCAGGAUGGUCUGUUGCCUCUCUGGAUACAGGGUGUCUCUGAGUGACUGCAGAACAUUCCCAAGGGAGAGCAUGAGCAGCCAGAAGUUGUUGUGCACGUUGGUGCAAAUGACAUGGGUAGGAAAAGGGAUGAGGUCCUGCAGAUUGAAUACAAGAAGAUUGAAUACAAGAACCUCCAGGGUAGUGAUCUCUGGGUUACUCCUAGUGCCAUGUGCAGUGAGGGUAAGAACAGGAUGAUUGGGAAGAUGAAUGCAUGGCUGAGGAGUUGGGGCAGAUUUUUGGACCAUUGGGAUCUCUCCUUGGGCAGAGGUGAUCUGUGCCCGGGGGAUGGGUUGCACCUGAACUGGAGGGGAACCAAUAUCAUGGUAGGCAGGUUUACAACUGGUACUAUGGAGGGUUUAAACUAGAUUGGGAGGGAGACGGGAUCUAAAGGAUGAGGGCAGCAGGUGGGAGACUGGAAGUCGAGACAGAAGUCAAUUACAGCGUCUAUCUCGGUCCCACCCACUCCCCUGACAUCAGUCUGAAGAAGGGUCUCGACACAAAACGUCACCCAUUCCUUCUCUCCAGAGAUGCUGCCUGUCCUGCUGAGUUACUCCAGCAUUUUGUAUCUACCUUCAAUAACAGCUAGUUCAGUAGACAGGACAGGCAGGAGCACAGCAGGGAGUGAGGAGAGAUGGUCUGAUUAAAUUGGAAAUAUUUCAAUGCAAUAAUCCUGAUGGGUAAGACAGAUGAACUCUGAAAGGUGGAAUGAGAGGCGGUAAGGUGUUGCAUCUCCUGCAUGUGCGUGGGAAGUGCCCUGAGGAGGGAAAUAGGUGUUGGUACCAAUGGAAGUGUCACCAGACCAUCACAAAGGGAUCCCUUUGCAAUGCUGACCAGGAGGUGAGGGGAGGUUGUAUCUGUAGGUGGUAUCUGAAUGUAGGUGAGAGACAUUGUGGGGGAGGCUCCUUCUUCAUCUUCUUGCGUAUGACGUGCACAGCCUAAAGUUGUAGGACAACUUGUUCUAUUUGAUUGUGCACGCCGGGUUGAUUGCAUUCGUCGAAACAGGGCGGACCACGUGAAGGUUGCAAUCUCCUACCCCGGGGAGGCUCCGUUGACUAUGGACUCCAGUUGGUGGCAAGUGAGGACAAGUGGGACACUAAUUUGAAGGGAAAUUGAAAGCGUGAGAGCUUGGAUCAGACACCAGAAGACCAAAUGCGUCGAACAGACUGGACUUUUAAAAUGGUGACUCUUGUAUGUGGUCUCGGUGGACUAUUUCCAUGCACCUUGUACUAAUCUGUAGUUGUGCUUCGGUUGGCAAUACUUUACUGAAAUGUAUGUAAACAAAUUAAUUUAAUUGUAUGCCUGUACACAUGAUGAUAAAAAAAACUACGGAGCCAUUGAAGAAGUGAGGAAAUUAAACAAAAUCUGAGUGUCUAAUCAACUCUGGUGGAUGGGGAAGCUGUGGUCAUGGAAGAAGAAAGAUAUUGAGACAUGAUGCCAUCAGAAUAGACACAACAGAGGCAGGGUAAAGGGGUGGGGGGGAAAGAAAUGGAGUCCAGAAAACCAGGUGGGGGGGGGGGGGGGGGGGGUUGUAAUCAGGUUAACUGUGGGGGUCUGUAACUAAUUGAUCCACUGAGUUCAGUCAGGAAAGAGACGACUAGUAUCGGAUACAGCCUGUGUGAAAGUGAAAUCAGAAUAAGGAUGGGCAGUCAGGAUGAUGAUACUCUCAAGUUGUGUACAAGAGUAGGAUGCAGCACAGGUGACUGAUUGAUGUACUGGUAAAAGAGGUGUGGGAAGGGUCCUGUGUCAGAUUGAUACAAGGAUUGUCCCAAACUGGGCGUAGCUAAGAUGCAUGUGGGUCCCUAUAACAGUACCUUUAAUUUGGAGGGUGAAUGAAAAGCUGAUCAAUAUGAGAACUACUUUAUCCAGAUGCAGAAGGGUGGUGGUGGAAGGGUUUGGUGAGGCCAUGUUUAAAGAAGGAAUGAAGAUCCCUCUGCCAUGGAAGUGUGGUAGAGGGAUUGUAUCAUGGUGUGAGACCAAGGAACUGGAAACUUUCCUAAAGAAAGAGUUGGAGGUGGAAAGAUAUGUCAAUAGGAGAAAAAAACCAGACUCCAGGUUGGAAGAAGUUCGUUCAAUGGGACAAGAAAAGGCCUUCAAGGUCUGUUUUAUUUCGUUGACUAUUUCUUUAUAUAUGUAUCUGUUGUGUGAUGUGGCAAUGUUGAUGUUCAGUGUUCAUCAUCAGAAAAUGGUUAAGAGUUGACCACAUUGAGUCUGGAGUCACUUAUCAUAAUGUGCAAAACACAAAGUGCUGGAGGAACUCAGUUGGUCUGGCAGCAUCUGUGCAGUGAUGUUUCGGGUUGAGACCUUUCUUCAGACUGAUGUGACUUGUUUAACAAUUCAAACACAAUGACUGAACAAACAGCAUAAUGGACAGGUGAGAUAUUGGUGGGGACAUGGGGCAUGCACUCUGUAAUGGGAAAAGUUCAUUGCUGCAAUAUGAUGUUAUCAAUUUGACUUUUCAGAGUUUGAGUAAAUUUGCCAAAGUCUCCUUCGAUAAAGAUGAUAGAAAUGCUCUACACUUUCAUAAUGCUGUUUAAUGUUCUGACAUAUUGAUUGUCCAUUGCACUUGGACAAUUUAUUUUCAUGGAUUUGUUUCUCCAUUAAUUAUUUUGAAUAACUCCUUGCUUGGUAUAGAUCUGGUGUACAAAUUCUGAACAGUAAUUGUCCAGUGAUCAGAAUUGUAAAAUGUAAAUGUUAAUGUUUGUAUGUAAAAUAAAUAAAUCAAUUUUUAAUAUUU